AUGCGCCGCCUUUCGAUUUGCUUCAUCGCCUGCCUUUCGCGCGGUGUCAGUGGUCUUGACUGCUCUGGCAUCCGAGACUGUGGCACCUGUGCAGUCGCUAGGCAAGGCUUCGACCAAUGCGGCUGGUGCGGAACAGGAUCUAAGGGUAGCUGUGCGAAGGCCGGUCCUGCUGCCUUGGGUCCUAAAGAAGGAAAGUGCGACCGACAGUGCUGGUUCUCUGGCAGCAUUGAUGCCGGCAAGUGCCCCGGGAGCUGUGAAGGAUCCACCUGCAGCGAAUGUGUGGCCUCAAAGAACUGCAUGUGGUGUGCCAGCACACAGACAUGUGGUGCCAAAGUGGGCGCUUUUGGGGACAUGUGUGUUGGUCAAAAGGCAGUAUCCUGCAAGAGCGAUCAAUGUGCAAAAUCUCGUGACUCGGAGUACUGCCCCAAGGUGAGCUGCUCUUCCUUGACGAAAUGCAAUUCUUGUGCGCAGGAGCCCGGCUGCGCAUGGGAUGCGAAGAACUUGAAAUGCGUGGAGAGAGCGAGGAGUUCAUUUAUCAAAGCGUGCCCGAGCUCAGACGCAGACGAACACUGCCUUAUCUCAUCUUCCGACAAGUGCCCUUCCACGGCCAGUGGGCUUUGCUCCGAGUACAAAGAUGACUUGAAAGCUUGCCUGAAGGCAAAUGUCCCUUUCUCUGCAUGUCGUGGAGGAGAUGUUUUCUCGUACUUUGAGAGCUAUUUGACGACUACACACCACGCAGCUCGCGCUGUGUCCUCAGCCGUGGUGCUAUGGGAGGCAUGGGGGAUCGAUCAGCUGCUGCUCACAGAGGACACUCCUGCGCAGCACUUUCAGACACUUCUGACAAGUGCAAUCACUGCAGCCAGUUCUCUACAUGUGACGAUUGCAUUAAAGACCCCGGUUGUGGAGCUUGCCUGGCCUCUUCUGGUCAAUCUAGUUGUGUCGAGGGCGACCGUCAUGAACGGUUUGUCCCUUGCCAAAUGCAAGAACCCAUGA